UUUUUUUUUUUGACAAAAAAAAUAAUUUAGCAAAAAUGACAUCCCAUUUUCUGCUCUUAUUUAGUUCAUGUCCAUUUAAAAAAAUUGUAUUUAAACAAACAAUCUUUAGAUGAAUUCUGUGUAGAAUAAACAAUCUAUCAAAGUAUGACUAUGAAGAGUGGUGAAGGUAAGGUUGUGUGUGUAACAGGUGCUUCAGGUUUCAUUGCUUCAUGGGUUGUCAAGUUUCUUCUCCAACGUGGUUAUACUGUUAGAGCCACUGUUCGUGACCCUAGUAAUUCCAAUAAGGUUGAUCACUUGCUUAAACUUGAUGGUGCAAAGGAAAGGUUGCAACUCUUUAAGGCAGAUUUACUUGAAGAAGGUUCCUUUGAUUCUGUUAUUCAAGGAUGCCAUGGUGUCUUUCAUACUGCUUCACCCGUUCAUUUUGUCGUCACCGACCCUCAGACGCAAUUAAUCGACCCUGCUGUGAAGGGAACUCUUAAUGUUGUGAAGUCAUGUGCAAAAUCACCAUCUGUACAACGAGUUGUUUUAACUUCUUCUAUUGCCACAGCUUUAUAUACUGGAAAACCUCGAACCCCGGAAGUUGAAGUUGAUGAAACGUGGUUUUCGAAUCAAGAUUUCUUAUGGCAAAAUAAGAUGUGGUAUCAAUUUGCAAAGACUUCAGCUGAGGAAGCUGCAACAAAAUUUCUAACAGAAAACAACAUCGACCACGUUGUUAUGAAUCCAGCAGUGGCAUUAGGGCCUCUCUUACAAUCAGAGCUUAACGAAAGUUCCACUUUAAUUCUUAACUUAAUAAAUGGUUCAGAAACAUAUAUGAAUGCUGCUUUUGGAUGGAUUAAUGUGAAGGAUAUUGCAAAUGCACAUAUUCAAGCAUAUGAGAAUGCUUCAGCUAGUGGAAGAUAUUGUUUGGUCGAAAGAGUGAUACAUUUUUCUGAACUGGCUAAGAUUUUGCGUGACAUGUACCCGACAUUACAAAUUCCAGACAAGUGCGCAGACGAUAAGCCUUUGAUGCAAACAUUUCAGGUUUCCAAAGAAAAGGCAAAGACCUUAGGAGUUGAAUUUAUUCCCCUGGAAGUGAGCCUUAGAGAGAUCGUAGAAAGUUUCAAAGAUAAAAAGUUUGCUAACUUCUAAUUUGUGAUAUACGUUGAUGAAAAAAAUUGAUGAUUUGUAAUCACGUUUUGGUUUCAGAAACUCUGCAUAAGGAUGAGUUAUUUAUCAAUGUGAAAUAAGGCUAGGUACGGUGUGUCUGUGUCAAACUUAGCCGUCUCAAAUUCGCUUUUUACACCUCACUUUGCUUUGCAAUUACAAUUAAUGUUUCUAUGAUCAUAUUAUAUUAUAUCAUCAUUUCUA